AUGGAGGGUGCGCGCUAUCCGGACGGCGUGAUGCUGAAGUCGGCUGAGAGGAGAAUGAAGGCCGAGCCGGAAGAGCUGAUCAGUGUGAAAGAACUUCAGGAGACCUUCUCACGGGAGCUUCAAUGCUGGGCACAGCGUUUGCAGGCCGAUUUGAGGUCGGCGGAGGACCGCUUGGCGAAGCUGGAGAAGAAGAACACCGCGCAGGGCAUGCAAGGGCAAGUGGUGGACUUUCAAUGCUUGGAGCAGCUGCAAGCCAUGGUGCAUGAGGAAUGCCAGUCCUCUUGGACGCAGCUGGGAGAGGAGCUGAAACGUGAGCUAGAGGAGGCUUUGAAUGCCUUGAAGGCUGAGCACGCAGAGAUCAAGAGUACAACCAUGGCGUGCAUGACGGAAGAAGUCGCCGAGUCGAACUUGGAGUUGCUGCGCGCUGACAUUCAAGGGCUCCAGGAGCACCAGCAGCGGUGGAACCAGAGCCUCACCGAUGAAUGUGAAGUCAGGGGCCGGGAGAUGCAGCUCUUCAAGAGCCGUUUGGAACGCCUCGAGGCGACCGGUUCGCCCAGCACACAGAUUUGGACGGCACUGAAGGAGACCCAGGAGGAGCUCUCGCAACUGGUGGAUGCCGGGGGCACUGGCCUGCGGCUCCGCUUGGACGCUGUAGAGACACGAAUCGAGCAGGUGCCCAAGCAGAUGCAGGCCGUGCUCGAACGCCUGGAGCCACUGGAGUCGCAGGUGUCCCAGAGCCUGUGGGAGGCCGCGCCCCUGCAGGCGCGGGUGGAGGCCGUGGAGCAGGAGCUCUGGAAGCUGAAGGAGCAGGUGGAGCAGGUCGAGGUCUUCGAUGCUUCGAAGAUCGAGCUACUCUCGGCACCGGCUGGCGCCGCCCAACGCCCAGAGAGUGCCAGUACGGUGGUCCGCCGCAGCUCCACUCGCUCGGGAAGCUCCAACAAGUCCUCGGAAGUGGCAGAUGUGCAACAGAGACUGAUCUCCAGUGGAGCCACCGAAGAGAGCUAUCAGCAGGCCAUGCAGGCCAUCCAAGAGCUCCGCGAGCGGAACUUGGCGCUCCGCGAGAAGAACGCCGAGCUCGUGGAAGAAAUGCUGGUCGAUGAUGGCUUGAUCAGCUACCCGGUCACUGCCAACGCCCGGCCACACUUGCCCCCCACCGGCGUGGCGCGGACCAGUUCACCUGAGCGCGUGAAGACUGUGACCUACCUUACAUCGUCAGCCUCCAUGGCACCAGCUGGUGGCGCAAGCGGCAGUCUCCGGUCUUCCUCGCCCACGCGGGUGCAACGCGUGGUGCAGCCGGUGCAACGGCUUCCCACGGCCUAUGUGUCGGGGAAGUACUUGUUCAAUACUUCGCUUGAGAAGGUGGAAGUGAAGGGGGAUCCCUUGGAUGGUGGCUACUACGAGCUGAGCUUGACCACGGAGGACGCCUCGGAGACCCUGAAGGUGAGUGCUUUGAUCAGCUGCCCAGGCGUCUUCUACAACCCCAUUGACAUCAAGUGGCCGGGCAGGGAUGAGUUCGGUGGAUAUGUUUGCCAUGGCUCCUAUGACAGCAUCAAGUAUGAGAAGCUGAAGGACGCCACCGUGGUGAUCGUGGGGCACGGCGGCUUCACCAUCGAGAACGUGCGGACCUGCGUGGAACGGAAGUGCAAGAAGGUCUAUGUGGUGUGCCGGCAUCGGCACUUGGCGGGGCCAAAGAUGGUCUCAUGGAUGGUCAGUGGUGCGGCCAUCCCCAUUCCAGGACCUUACGUGGUGGAGGCCUUCCAGAUGAUGUAUGGCCUUUUAGGUGUUGAUGUUUGGGCCCAUCCAGUGGUGAACGCCAAUGCCGAUCGCAGUAGCGCCAUUCUGACGCAAACCACCACCUUUGGCGUGACUGACAUCUACUUCUUAGCCUGCUACUACAAGGUGUGUGAGGUCAUCAACGGUGAGGUUGAGAAGCUGGCCCAGGGAAAAGUUGUUUUGAAGGAUGGCAAGGAGAUCGACUGCAACGUGGUCAUGAAAUGCCUGGGCAGCACCGGUGCGACGGAUUUUGAUGACAUCAUUGGCUUCAAGUUCUACCAAGGCUGGUGGGUCAACGGUGAUCCCUUGUUGCCCGUGGUGGCUCCUGCCAAGGGCGUCCAGGCCAAGAACUUUGGAGGAUUCAGCUUGGCACCUGGAUAUGCGGGCCAAAUCAUCACCAACCGUUACUUCAUCGAUUUUCCACAGAAGUUCCUAGGAGUCAGGGAUUGGCUGCCAAAGACCACCCGAGACGAGCACUACGAGUGCAACUACAUCUACAAGGGUUCGCACGUCCUGGCCACGACGGUCAUUCUUCAGGGGCAAUUCCCCGACCUCACCGCAGAGAUGGGGGAAGCGGACAAGCUGAAGGCUGAAAAGCACAUGAAGGCGCACCCCUUGGAAAAGCACUUGGCCGAAUGCCUGGCUGAGUGGAAGAUGUACAUCAAGAUGUUGAAGGAUCAUGGGCAAAUCCCGGCCGAUGCGGAGGAGGUGGAGUAUCCCUACACCAAGGAGAACAUUGAGGAGAUCUCGGAAAGGGCGAAGAAGUUCCUCAUGGAGGAGUACGAGAAGAUGAUGGCCAAGAUGUCCAAGAAGGCCGGCAAAGCGUAA